AUGGCUUUCGCUACAGGUGCACAGGGUUGGCAGAUAUUCCGUGAUCCAGUCCAUGGGCAGAUUUCACUACACCCUGUUUGUGUUGCAUUUGUUGAUACUCCACAAUUUCAAAGAUUAAGAUUCAUCAAGCAAUGUGGUUUCUUGGAAAAUGUUUAUCCGGGAGCAACCCAUAACAGAUUUGGUCACAGUCUUGGAGUUUGCCAUCUUGCUGGCAGGUUUCUUCGUGACCUGAGAGAACGACAACCUGAAUUAGAAAUAUCUAACAUUGAUAUACUAUGUGUAGAACUAGCUGGCUUAUGUCAUGACUUGGGUCAUGGUCCUUUUUCUCAUACAUGGGAAAGAUACAUGCAGGCUUCAAUUAAGAAGAAACACUUGAAUUUAAAAUGGAAGCAUGAAGUUAUUUCUGCACAUAUGAUCGAUUAUAUUAUCAAGGACAACUGCCUCGGACCUUUCUUGUGUAGCUACGGAAUUGGACCAGCAGAAAUAAAACGUGUCAAGGAUUACAUUUGUGGAACACAGCCGGUCGACGACACAAAAACUUUUCUGAAUCAAAUUGUGAACAAUGAUGACUCGGGCUUAGAUGUUGACAAGUGGGAUUAUUUCCUGCGAGAUUCCUUGUACUUAGGCUUGCCCUGCAACUUCGAAUAUGAACGAAUAAUGCAGUUUGCUAAAGUUUUAAAGGUGGAUGGACGACUGCAAAUUUGCUUUCGUGAUAAAGUUUUGGAUUCUGUUUAUAAUGUUUUCCGUACUCGAAGUAAUUUGCAUCGAUUGGCUUAUCAGCACAAAGUUGUCAUUAUCACUGACUCAAUGUUUGUGGAUGCUUUGCUAUUAGCAGAGGGGAAGCUUACAGGGUUAAAUGGAGAGGUUCUUCAAUAUUGGAACUGGAGUAUGGAUGCAGCGUUUAAGACAGGAAAGGAUCUUGAGGCUGCUUUAGAAAAGUACUGUAUGUUGACAGAUGCUAUUGUUUAUACAUGUUUGAAGUUUACAUCCAAUCCAGAUCUUCAGCGUUCAUCCGCCUUGAUUAAGGGUAUAGAGAGGAGAUCUUGUGAAAAUAGCAGUUUUUAUCGACACAUUAGUUUGAAACUACAUUCACAUUCUUGUGAUGAAAAUGAAAUUUUGAUUGGUUUGAACAAGUUUUUGCCAGUGGCCAAUAAAGUCGUAGCAAUUUCUAAAACGAAUGAUAAAUCUGAUGAAAAAACAUUUAAGCCAGUGACAAUAGAUGACAUUUAUGUCCAUGUAUUAUCAAUAAAUUGGGGUAAAGGACCUCUUAAUCCUGUUGAUUUUGUGCAUUUUUAUUCAAAAUGUCCUGCGAUGAAUGAUAGCCCAUUGAAAGAUGUGAAGGAAGUUCCCGUAAUGUUGCCUAAAUCUUUUGAAGAAGUACAAGUUCAUGUGAUGUGUUUUCGUAGUGAUUUAUAUGCUGCAGAAGUUACAAAAAAGUGCUUUGAAAUGUUCUGGCAGCAACCAGUCAAUUCAAAUACUUAUGAGCUUGAAUAG